AUGUCCACGUUCAAAAGUCUCGUGUUCAAGAGAUUCAACUCAAAUCUGAAGAAAACGGCCCUACAUGAUCUUCAUGUGUCGCUAGGCGGUACGAUGGUGCCAUAUGCAGGCUAUAGCAUGCCCGUACUAUAUAAGGGACAGACCCAUAUCGAAUCGCAUAAUUGGACGAGAACUAAUGCUGGUUUAUUCGAUGUGUCUCACAUGCUACAGAGUAAAUUAUCGGGUCCACAUUCCAUUAAGUUUCUACAGCAUGUUACACCUACUGAUUUCAAUGCUUUGCCUGUUGGUCACGGGACUCUGAGUGUUCUUUUGAACCCAGAGGGUGGUGUCGUGGAUGAUACCAUUGUCACUAAGGAAAACCAAGACAAUGAAUUUUACAUCGUGACUAAUGCUGGCUGUGCAAAGAGGGACACCGAGUUCCUUCGUGGGGAGUUGCAAAACAACCCCGCAUUGGACUGUCAAUGGAAAAUUAUUGAAGGCAGAUCUCUCUUGGCGUUACAAGGCCCCAAGGCUAAAGAUGUCUUGGAACCACUAUUGGAAAAAACGGCUAAGGGCAAAACUUUGAAAGAGUUGUUCUUUGGACAAAGAGACGAAUUUGCAUUGAAGGAUGGUACUUUGGUCCAGAUUGCUAGAGGUGGGUACACUGGGGAAGACGGAUUUGAAAUCAGUGUGCCCGAUGAGAAGGCUGUUGAGUUUGCUGAACAGCUUCUAGCGAACCCCGUAAUGAAGGCUAUCGGGCUAGCCGCUAGAGACAGUUUGAGAAUGGAAGCCGGCAUGUGCUUAUACGGCCAUGAAUUAGAUGAAACUAUUACACCUGUAGAAGCAGGAUUGAACUGGGUGAUUUCCAAGUCAAGAAGGAACCUAACGAAUGAAAAGGACCGGUUCAACGGAUACGCAAAGAUAAUGGAUCAGUUAAACAACAAGACGUAUAACAGGAUACGAGUUGCGUUCAAAUACUUAAAGAAGGGCCCUGCUGCCAGAAACGGUGUCAAGAUUUUCUUGCCCGAUGCUCAAACCGAAGUCGGUCUUGUCACAUCAGGGAGUGCAUCCCCCAGUUUAAACAACAUCAAUGUUGGUCAAGGGUAUGUGGAGAAGGGYCACCACAAACGGGGUACAGAGUUGCUGGUUCAAGUGAGAAACAAGUUUUACCCAAUCGAACUUGCGAAAAUGCCUCUUGUGCCUACACACUACUACAAAAACUAG